AUGUCAAGUCAAGAAGCAGACACAGCUGAAAAGAAUAUUGAGAUCUGGAAGGUCAAGAAGUUGAUCAAGUCUUUGGAACAAGCCAGAGGUAAUGGUACAUCGAUGAUUUCAUUGGUUAUUCCACCAAAGGGUCAAGUUUCGCUUAUCCAGAAGAUGUUGACAGAAGAAUACGGUACCGCAUCCAAUAUCAAGUCUCGUGUCAACAGAUUGUCAGUGUUAUCGGCCAUCACAUCCACACAACAAAAAUUAAAGUUAUAUAACUCAGUUCCGAAAAACGGGUUAGUCCUUUACUGUGGUGAUGUUUUAACGGAUGAAGGUAAGGAAAAGAAGUUGAAUAUUGAUUUCGAACCAUUCAAGCCAAUUAAUACAUCUUUGUACUUGUGUGACAAUAAGUUCCACGUUGAAGCAUUGUCUGAAUUAUUAGAAAACGACGAUAGAUUUGGAUUUAUUAUUAUGGAUGGUAAUGGUGCGUUAUUUGGUACUGUUUGUGGUAAUACCAGAGAAGUGUUACACAAGUUUUCCGUUGAUUUACCAAAGAAGCAUGGUAGAGGUGGUCAAUCGGCGCUUCGUUUCUCUCGUUUAAGAGAAGAAAAAAGACACAAUUAUGUGAGAAAAGUCGCUGAAGUUGCAGUUCAAAACUUCAUAAGUGCUGAUAAGGUUACUGUCAAGGGUUUGAUUUUGGCUGGUUCUGCGGAUUUCAAAACCGAAUUGUCAAAAUCUGAUUUAUUCGAUAAUAGAUUACAAGCCAAGGUUAUCAAGAUUGUCGAUGUUUCCUAUGGUGGUGAAAAUGGUUUCAACCAAGCCAUUGAAUUAUCUGCUGAAACUUUGGCUAAUGUCAAGUUUGUGCAAGAAAAGAAAUUGUUGAAUCAAUACUUCGACGAAAUCUCUCAAGAUACUGGUAAAUUUUGUUACGGUAUUGAGGAUACCUUGAAAGCUUUGGACUUAGGUGCAUGUGAAAUUAUCAUCGUUUAUGAAAAUUUGAAUAUCAUUCGUUAUACCUUGAAGGAUAUUGAAGGUAACGAGGUUAUUGCUCAUGCAAACCCAGACUUACCAGAUAAAUCAUACAUGUUAGAUAAGAAGACAGGAACUGAAAUGGAGACUGUUAAAGAGGAAUCGUUCUUGGAAUGGUUAGCUGAAAACUACAAAAAUUUUGGUGCCAAUUUAGAAUUUGUUACCGAUAGAUCGUCCGAAGGUGCCCAAUUUUGUCAAGGUUUUGGUGGUAUUGGUGCUAUGUUAAGAUAUAAGGUUAAUUUCGAACAAUUAGCCGAUGAAUCUGAUGAGGAUGAAUAUUAUGAUGAUGAUGAUGAAGACUUCCUUUAG